AUGCCUCACUUCAACGAGGAUAAACUGGGAGAGGACUGUCCACUCGAGCCCAUCGCAAUUGUAGGCAUGUCAUGCCGCUUGCCUGGGGGCGUGGAUAGUUCAUCAUCCCUAUGGGACCUCCUCGUCCAAAAAGGAUCAGUCCAAACCCCACGAGUCCCCGCCUCACGAUUCAACAUUGACGCCUACCUGCAUCCGAAUCUUGAGCGCCCCGGAAGCUUCAAUGUCCCCGGAGGUUACUUCUUGGACAAACCGGUUGAAAGCUUCGAUCCUAGUUUCUUCAAUAUGACACCCAUAGAGGCCAUGUGGUUGGACCCUCAACAGCGCAAGAUUCUCGAAGUUGUCUAUGAGUGCUUCGAGUCGGCUGGCCUGACAUUGGAUCAAGUGUCAGGCAGCAACACUGCUGUUUUUAUCGGCAGUUUUACUAGUGAUUAUCAGCAAAUGUCGACACGCGAACCGGAUUUCCGUCACAACUAUGCUGCGACAGGUGUGGACACGGGCCUCAUCAGUGCUCGCGUCGGAAAUGUUUUCAAUCUGCAGGGACCAAGUUUCACAAUCAAUACUGCAUGCUCAUCGUCCAUCUAUGCUGUCCAUAACGCGUGCCACGCACUUCGUGGAAGAGACUGCAAUGCCGCCGUUGUAGGAGGAGUGAACUUGAUUAUGACAGUCGAUCAGCACAUGAACACUGCGAAGCUGGGAAUCCUUUCACCAACAUCUACUUGUCACACCUUUGAUGCCUCGGCCGAUGGUUAUGGUCGUGCGGAAGGCGCUGGUGCUCUUUACAUGAAGCGACUGUCCGACGCGAUUCGCGAUGGGGAUGUCAUUCGAGGAGUGAUUCGUUCCUCUGCCGUGAAUACAAAUGGCAAGGUUCCUGGGAUGGGUAUUACCCACCCAAGCAAACGCGGUCAAGAGCGCGUCGUUCGGUCUGCUUAUGAGAAAGCGCACCUGAAUCCCGAUCGCACCGCAUAUUUCGAAUGCCACGGAACAGGUACUCCAGUGGGAGAUCCCAUUGAAAGUCACGCUGUCUCGAUGGCCAUGAAUGACACUCGCAGUCUGGAAAAGCCGCUGCUCAUUGGAGCGAUCAAAGCAAAUAUUGGUCAUAGCGAGGCCGCUAGCGGUAUUUUUGCAGUGAUGAAGGCGGCUAUGAUGACAGAGGCUGCUAUCAUUCCGGGCGUGUGUGGGCUAAAGACACUAAAUCCGGCAAUCAAGGAGGAUGAGUGGAAUAUCAAAGUAAAUGCCAACACGGUUCCAUGGCCUGCAGAAUUCUCUGAGCGACGUGCUAGUGUUUCUUCCUUUGGUUAUGGAGGCACCAACGGCCAUGUCAUCGUGGAGAGCAUUGACUCACUGUUCCCCCACUACCAGCAGCAUGGUAAAGCCAAGUUUGAGGCUUCAUACGACCACUCUGCAUCUCGGCCAUUUCUUCUUGGCUUUUCAGCUCACGGGAAAACAACUCUAACGCGAAACAUUGUGGCACAUUCCCAGGUAGCCGAUCGCUACUAUUUGGCUGACUUGGCCUACACGCUGCUCCAUCAUCGCACCAAGUUCACCCAACGCGCUUUCACGGUCGCUUCCGAGGGCAGUCUCGUUCAUGCCUUUGAUGCUAAUCAGAUCACCUAUGGAGUUGCUCCAAAAGCCACCCCCAGUGUUGGCUUUUUGUUCACAGGGCAGGGUGCCCAAUGGGCGGGUAUGGGGGCUGACGCAAUCAGAGCUUUCCCUUCGUUCCGAGAAACCAUUAAACGCCUGGACAAAGUCUUGCAGACUCUCCAGCCCACCCCUGGUUGGAAAAUUGAAGAUGUUCUGCUAGGCCCCAUCGAGACCAGCCGUGUCUCCGAGGCAGAAUUUUCCCAGCCAUUGUGCACUGCGGUGCAGAUUGCUAUUGUGAACCUUUUUGCUGAGUGGAAGAUCACACCCAAAGUGACUGUAGGCCAUUCAUCUGGUGAAAUUGCAGCCGCAUACGCUGCCGGACGCAUCUCUGCUCCUGUUGCCAUCAUUGCGGCCUAUCUGCGCGGAUUGACUGUAGCGCAGAAUGCUUCGGCCGGCGGCAUGCUAGCUAUCGGCCUUGGACAAGAAGAGGUACUUCCAUACCUUGAAGAGGGUAUUGUCAUCGCCUGCGAGAACAGCCCUGCCAGCGUAACCCUAAGUGGUUCGCUGGAAGCUAUUCAGGCAGUCAAAUCUAAAAUGGAUGCAGAUGGGGUUUUUGCACGAGAGCUGAAAACGGGCAAGGCUUAUCAUUCACCACAGAUGGAUCCCGUAUCACGUGUCUAUGAUGCGCUACUCGCAGACGCCGUGAAGGGUGUCGAUACAGAGCCAGUCUUACCUCGGGUUACCUGGGUUUCGUCAGUCACCGGAGAAGAAUUUACUGCGAAACAAGUCCCUGCGUCUUACUGGAGUACCAACCUUCGUGAGCGGGUACGCUUCAAUACAGCCGUUGCUGCCAUUCCAGGUCUCCUGGAUGAGAAUGAAAGCAUCAGCAUGAUUGAGAUUGGUCCUCAUGCUGCCCUCAGUGGGCCAUUUAAGCAGAUUCACAAGGCCGUGAAAGAAAUGGCACGGUUCAACUACCUACCAACCUUGAUUCGGGGAAAGGACAGUGCUGUCCAGCUUCUUCAGACUGCCGGCUCCCUGUGGGUCCAGGACUAUCCCCUUGACCUUCACCGUGUCAAUGCAAUGGACGCAAGUCUUAAAAUUCGCCGCCCUCGCACACUAGUGGACCUACCUCCUUACCAAUGGAAUUACGAUAAUACCUUCUGGGCUGAGCCCCGCCCAAGCCAAGAGAUCCGGAAAUUGACACAUCCCCGUCACGACCUCCUCGGCAGUCGGAUUGCAGGCCUAUCGGAUCGCUCGUGCGUGUGGCGCAAUGUGCUUCGGCAUCGGGAUAUCCCUUGGUUGGUGGACCAUAAGUUAGGAAAUGCCGACGUUUUCCCUGCUGCUGGCUAUCUGUCCGUGGCAGUUGAGGCUCUGCGUCAAGUGUGCGAAAACGAAGGAGUCGCCAUACCUGGCAUUACCUUCCGUGAUGUGGCGAUCAAAGUUGCCCUGGUAGUCCCAGAUAAUGACGAUGGAACUGAGAUUCAAGUCCGUCUUUCACCGAUCACAAAAGGUACCAGUAAAGACGCGUCCGAAAGAGGAUGGUAUGAAUUCACAGUCGAAUCCAUCCAGGAUGGUGUAUGGACACUGCACUGCGAGGGGAGAGUUGCGACGUUAGAGAGCUCUGAGGCUACUCUAGGACAGCAUGAGCACCCCGUCGAAACAUUGGCAUCAAAACUUCCUCACCAGGUGCCAGGAAAACGCUGGUACGAUGCCUUUCACCGCGUCGGCUUCCAAUAUGGUCCAAGUUUCCAGCCAUUAAGCAAGAUUCGAAGCAACGGCCACGACCACCAUGCCGCCGCACAAGUGCAGAUCAACACAGAGAGCGGACUGAUCACUGGCGAAUCCCGAUAUGUUCUGCACCCGGCUACUAUCGAUGGCUGUCUGCAGCUCAUCAUCAUUUCAAUCAACAAGGGUUUACAUCAGGAGAUGCCCCACGGCGUCGUCCCGAUUGAGAUUGAGGAGUUGUCGCUCUGGUUUCCUAACGAAACGGAGAUCGGACUAACUGGCCAGGCCGUGGCCUGGACCGACCAGGUUAAAGGCCGUUAUUUCGAUACCAACACGAAGCUGUUCACUCCUUCGGGCCAGCUAGUUCUUGACGUACAUAAGCUCCGCUGCGUUUCUUAUGAGGCUGCGGUUCCGCAAGUAGAUGAUAGCGUGGACCGUGCUCCGUACAUGCAGACUGUUUGGAAGCCCGAGAUCACCACACUUGACACAGCUCAGGCAGUAGCUGCCUACCCGUCCGUGCAAUCAGAUGCAGACUCGGCCGCUGCGAUUGUUGAGCUAAUGGAACAUCACACCUCCUUGGCCCAUUUGAUUAUCCUGGGUCGGCCUAGUCAGGAAGUCCUCGAGGCAGUAUGGGCGCAAAUCAACUCAUCCACUGCCGUAACCAUACUCGAUCCAUCAGAUGAGUACCUGGACAACCUUUCAGUAGGGCACUCUGCGGGUCGUAUCUCCAAGGUGACGGUAGACGCGUCUGAAGAGUGGAGAAAUCUCAACCUUGCCCCCGCAGAUCUGGUACUUGCAGGACUCCACAGCGGAGUGGAUACUGCCCAACUAUUGGCUGCCGUGAGCCCCUUGCUGGCAGAAAAGGGCAGCUUACUGGCAUUGGUGUCUCCUUCUUCCACCUCAGACUUUGUUGAGAAGCUUUCAGAAACCGGAUUCUCAUCCCCCCAACUAGUCUUCCCGCUCCCCGCAGUCUCCGUGGUCUUUUCGCAUAAACAAGAAGUUGAAUCUCAAUCUACCAAUGGUCAUUCAUCGAAAGCAACUGGGGUGACGACCUUUUAUCGGGAUGACAGCCAAGAUCAUCACCUUGUCUCGCUGGGACAGCAAUUGGGCUCCAAAGCAGGGGUAAGGACGCAGCAAUGGCCUCUGUCAGAUGUCACUGUAUUGAACCCUCAACCAAACGAAGUGUUUCUUAUCCACGAUGUGGAUGGCAAACUGUUGUCAACUUUGACAAAACAAACCUGGGUCUCCCUGAAGCAGAUCCUUCAGUCUGGAAUUCCAACUAUCUGGUUGACGGCCGGCGUCAAUGAAGGCCAAUGUGUUGAGGGAACAUCCUCUCAGGGCUUCCUUCGUGCCAUUCGAUCUGAGCAAGCGAAUGCUAGGAUUGUUCUGCUUGAUGUGGAUCGAAAUGAAGAUCAGGAAACAAUAGCCGCAACUCUUGCCAAGUUGCUAGACCGAAUUCCGACCAAAGAUUCGCGAGAGGAGACUGAGUUCUGGCUCCACAAGGGCAUCCUUCACAUUCCACGGGUCACACCAAAUGUUCACCUCAAUGAAACCUGGGCCAGUCCGGGGGAUAAAGACGUUCAAAGCACACCCCUUACACAAGGUCAAUCUUUCGCGGCCAAGCCGGUGGCGGGAGAAUUUGUCUUCCACGCCGCUACUCAUAUCGAUAUUGCCGAAAAUGAACUUGAAAUCCAGGUUCAUGAAGCGCAAAUUUUCGAAACCGAUCUGAAGAUUGUGUCUGUUGAGCCGCGACUGGUUGCAGGUAGUAUUACCCGGGUUGGAGCUGGGGUGGAUAGCUCACUGAUUGGCUCCACCGCUAUUGCAUAUACUUCCGGCCCAAUCAGCACUCUUGUAAAAACUACAUCGCUGGCUGCUGGUGUUUACGAUCCGGAGAAUCUCAAUCUCAGUGCUGCAAAUGUGGUCACUGUUCUCCCCGGUCUCGUGUCCGCGAUCAACUCUGUUCAGGGAGCUGCCCAGGUCUCAGGGGCGGCGGACCAUCUGAUUCUACUUCCGGCGCCUUACUGGUUCAUCCAAGCGGUCAUUCGACUACAGAGAGAAAUUGCAUUCCAACUAACCAUCUUUUGUGCCGAUGAAGAGCAGCGGCGGCUGAUCUCAUCAGCACCAGGGUUCAGUGCUGAAACCCACCUUAGUGUUGCUGAUUGGGAUCAAGUGCGUGGGGCUUUGCAAAGUUUCUCCAAGCAAGCCACUCCUGUCUCUAUUGUCAGCCAUGAAUGGAACACUCUUAGUCGGAACGCAUGGCGAUCCAUCCCGGCCCUAGGCCGAUUUGUCUUCAACGGUGCUUCGCUGGAUGAAGCGCCUGAUGUGGUUCCCUUCCAGCGUGGCGCCUCUUUCCAAUCUACGAGCAUCGAGACCCUUUACAAAAACGAAGGUCCGGUUUUGGGUUCUCUGGUGAAACGUGCUCUUCACUUGUUGGAAGGGCAAAAUGAUAUUCCUUUCGAAGGUGCCACGCAACACAAGAUCACAUCACUGGGUGAGAGCAUGCCUAACGCUGCAAAUUGGUCGACUGGAUAUAAUGUCCUUCAAUUCAACUACAAUGAUCUUCCUGUCCAGAUUUACUCUGCCGAAAGAAAGCUCCAAUUCCCAUCCGAUGUAGCCUACCUUUUGGUCGGCUGUCUUGGUGGCCUUGGUCGAAGUCUCACGACAUGGAUGAUGGAACGGGGAGCGAGAGAUUUUGUUUUCCUGUCCCGAUCGGGUGAUGAUAAGGCUGAAGCUAAAUCACUGGUCGAGUCUCUACGAGUAGCAGGGGCUCGGGUGCAGGUUUUCCGCGCCGAUGCUUCGGAUGUAGAGGCCGUCACAGAGGCCGUCACUCAAGUCACAUCGGAGCGGCCUCUUCGUGGAGUGGUACAUGCCGCCAUGGUAUUGCAGGAUGGAAUAUACAACGGCAUGUCACAUGAAAAGUUCAAAGCGGCCCUGGUUCCUAAGAUGAACGGAGCUCGUAUCUUGCACGAGGUGCUGCAGGGACAUGCACUAGAUUUCUUUGUCAUGACAAGCUCUAUCUCCGCCACUCUCGGAAACCCCGGUCAAGCCAACUAUUGUGCCGGUAAUAGCUAUUUGGAUGGCCUCGCGUGGCACCGUAACCAGCUUGGUCUUCCGGGUGUCUCUCUUGUCCUUCCCAUGAUCCUUGAUGUGGGUGUGGUCUCAGAAGAUCAGAGUCUUGAAGCUUCCCUGACGCGCAAGGCAAUGUACGGUAUUGAUGAACGGGAGAUGCUUCGCGGCUUUGAGGUUUCAAUGGCCCAGCCAAUCCCUCAAAUCGGCAGCCCGCCCAUUCUUGGCGAUGCUCAGAUAAUCCUAGGCAUGGAGCCUGCCCGGCUGGAAGCCGCUUUGACAGCUUCCGAGUCGGCCGAUGCUUACUGGUACAACGAUGCACGAUUUCAAAGCAUCCGCCACACUGUUGAGUCUAUUGGUCAGGAUUCUCCAUCAGGCGAUUCUGGUGACGGAGAUAUUGCGAAGAUUCUCAAGGAGGAGGGACCUGCGGCCAUGCUUGAAGCAGUGGGUCAACAUGUUAUCAAGAAGCUCGCUGGAAUGCUGCUCGUCCCAUUGGAAAGUUUUGAAUAUGAUGGCAACUCCAUUGCUAGCUACGGCAUUGACAGCAUGAUUGGCGCAGAGCUGCGCAAUUGGCUUUUCAAGCAAUAUACUCUUGACAUUGCGUUCCAGGAGCUUCUGGCAGCGAAAAUGAGCGUCAAAAUUUUGGCUACAGCCAUCGCCAAUAAGUUAGGCCUGCUCCCUGUGCCACUGUGA